AUGACAAACUCCACCCAGCAGCCCAACAACAGAGACCUUCCACGCGCCAUCACCGACUCGUCUCUCCCGACUCGCCGCCGCCAUGACCCUCCUUCGCCCCAGGACCCCGGCCCCUACGAUCAAGCCGGUUGCUCCUCUCGACGGAGCUCGUCCAAGCGUGGAUCCUCUUCCAAGCGCGGCUCGUCCAAAGGCGCUUCCUCGCGCGGUGGAUCGUCGAGGCCGUCGGCGGCCCAGCUCGAAGACCACCAGAAUCGCUCGAGCCCCUCGGAUCCCGAUUCGUAUGCCCAUCAGGUAUACAGCGACGGUCUCCUGCCCACCCUUGCGAAGCUGCGCAAGGCGGAGGAGAGGGACGACCGCAGGAACUCGCGCAUAGAACAGGGCGGCGCCUACUCUUCGAGUCGCAACGCGGCCCGGUUCGUGUGCCAUGCGUGCAACAGAGUGCAGACCCCUGAAUGGCGGCCAGGACCCGAUGGGCCCGGCACGCUUUGUAACGUCUGCGGGUUGGUGUACGCCAGUCGUAAGCGGAACAACAAAUCGUUGGCGGGUUUCUCCAGCCUGGAUCGCCGAAAGAACGGCAAGAACGGUGGCUGA